AAGAAAGUCACGAAAGCCUAACAAAAAACAUUUCUCUUGUCAGGCUUCUUGCGACUGCCGGGGUAUGGCUCUGAUGCGCAAUGGCAGGAUACGUCAAACCAAUCCCCGCGGCCACCGGCGGCCUGGCCUUUUCCCGACUACAGUCCGACGAGAUCAGAAAGAUCUCCGUCAAGAGAAUCCAUGUCACUCCAGCUCUGGAUUCUAUGUUUGGUCCGAUACCAGGAGGUCUGCAUGAUCCUGCACUAGGUGCCAUACAGGCGCUGGACACGAACUGUUCUACAUGUCGCAUGAACGCAAUCCACUGCACCGGGCACUGCGGACACAUUGAACUGCCUGUCACUUGCUACCAUCCACAAUACAUUGAUUCUACUCUACGUCUUCUACGUGCGAAAUGUGCCUACUGCCAUCGCUUCAAGGCUGCGGAGAACUUCGUCAAUCAAACGGUGUGCUCCCUCCGGUUAUUGCAAUAUGGGCUGGUUGAGGAUUAUCACAAUGUCCAGAGCAUUCACCUUAGAGGGGGCCUACCAAGGACACCAAAGAAGACGAACUCUGACAACGUGGUCGAAGAUAUGGCCGAAGUCGAACCAGAGGAAGAAAUUGCGGAUCUUAUUGACCGGAGAACGAGGAUGACAGACCGUGCCAUCAGAAGGGCGCGCAAGGAGAAGCUUAUUGAUGACCAGGCACUCAUCCGAAAUCCCAUCGCUAUCGCUGCGCGGAAGAAUGUCAUUACAGCUUUCCUGAAGGAGGUCCCCAAUCUCAAGAAAUGCGCCAAUUGCGGCGGUGCCAGCAUCCCAUACAGAAAAGACAGGAACGUUAAGAUAUUUAGACUGCCGCUUGCGGGGAGGCAAAAGGAGGCCAUGUAUGUGCUGGGGAAAAAGGCGCCAAACCCUCUUCUGUUUCUCCGUUCCGAGCAGACCCAGAAAGAGGAGGUGAAAAAGACCACCAUGCUCAACGGAGUCCGUGACGAAGACGUUGAAAUGUCCGAUCACGAAGACGCUGAGGAGACAGAACUACACGGAGCCGAAGAAGAAAUCGCCAUGCGCAAUGCGUUAGAGACAACAUCGAAGUCAAAGAAUGCGGACAUCAAGGAUGAAGACGACGUACAGGCAUAUAUGACAACAAGCGAAGUGCACGCGGCGCUCACUUUACUAUUUGACCGAGAGCAAGAAAUCCUCCAGCUAAUAUAUGCCUCUCAGCCUGGUCGAAAGGCCGUGAGAGUAUCUCCGGAUAUGUUUUUUGUCACGGCAGUACUGGUUCCGCCAAAUAGGUAUCGACCUUUGGCUAGACACGGACCUAAUCAGAUGCUGGAGAAUCAGCUAAAUUCUACGCUGAACAAAAUCAUCAAAGCGGCAGGUGAUGUUCAACGUAUCUCAAGGGAGUCGAAAAGGGCAAAGGUUGACCCAACGGUCAGACCCAGGAAUUUGAACGAGAGCCUACAAGCCGCAAUUGUCCUUCAAGAGUCAGUAAAUGCGCUUAUUGAUUCUCCUGUGCCUGUAUCUGGCAGGCCAACUGACCAAGGCAUAAAGCAAGUUCUGGAGAAGAAGGAAGGUCUUUUCCGAAUGCAUAUGAUGGGAAAACGUGUCAAUUUCGCUGCUCGCAGCGUCAUCUCGCCAGAUCCGAAUAUCGAAACCAACGAAAUCGGUGUGCCUCUUGUUUUCGCAAAGAAGCUGACCUAUCCCGAACCUGUUACAAGCCAUAACUUCGAGGAGUUAAGCAAGGCAGUGAUUAACGGCACCGAAAAGUACCCUGGAGCGGCAGCCAUUGAGAAUGAGAACGGAAUGGUUCUCAGCUUGAAGCGCAAGACGAUCGAGCAGAGAAGAGCCCUAGCAAAACAGCUGAUGACAUCGACUGCCCCCGGGGCAAAAGGGGAGAAUGGUAAGAAGGUGUAUCGGCAUCUCCAAACUGGCGACGUGGUCAUCAUGAAUCGUCAGCCUACCCUGCACAAACCUUCCAUGAUGGGUCACCGUGCACGCGUGUUAACAAACCAAAAGACCAUUCGAAUGCACUACGCCAACUGCAACACCUACAACGCCGACUUCGACGGCGACGAGAUGAACAUGCAUUUCCCUCAGAAUGAGCUCGCCCGAACUGAAGCCCUUCAAAUCGCAGACACGGAUCACCAGUACCUUUCCGCGACGGCGGGUAAACCGUUGCGUGGUUUGAUUCAAGACCAUAUCUCCAUGGGCGUUCAAUUUACCAGCCGAGAUGUAUUCUUCGAUCGGGAUCAGUACCAACAGUUGCUUUACAGCUGUCUCAGGCCAGAAGAUUACAAUACGGUGUUUGACAAGAUCCAACUGGUGGAGCCGGCAAUAUUAAAGCCGAAGAUGCAAUGGACUGGCAAGCAAGUAAUCACGACAGUUUUGAAAAAUAUCACGCCAGAGAGAUUCCGCGGUAUCAACCUUACGAGCAAAUCAUCAACGUCAUCGGACUCGUGGGGCGAAAAGACAUCCGAUGAACCUGAGCAAUGGACUGUUAGCAGUAACAAGAUCGUGUUCAGAGACACCGAGCAAGUGGUCAUUUUCAGAGACGGCGAACACCUGUGCGGAAUCCUCGACAAGAGUCAACUUGGCCCCAGUGCCGGAGGUCUCAUCCAUUCGGUGCACGAAAUUUACGGACAUAUCACCGCAGGAAGACUAAUGAGCAUCCUCGGCCGACUUCUUACAAGAUAUCUGAACGAGCGCGCCUGGACCUGUGGAAUGGAUGAUCUCUAUCUAACACAUCAAGGCGACAAGGAACGGCGACAGGAACUGAAUAAGGCCAAACAGAUGGGCCUGGAGGUUUCGACUGAGUACGUCACGUUAAAAUCCGGCGAGGUCGACCAAGGAAAUCCCGAACUCCUCAGUCGUCUUGAAAACGUGCUCCGUAACGAUGAGCAGCUCAACGGUCUGGAUCAGGUUUAUAAGGCUAAAGUCAAGUCAAUAACGGACAAUGUUUCAAAAGCUUGCUUGCCCGCUGGUCUUCGAAAACCAUUCCCUCGAAAUCAGAUGCAAGCAAUGACGAUCUCUGGAGCCAAAGGGUCCAGCGUUAACGCGAAUCUCAUCUCUUGUAACCUUGGCCAGCAGGUUUUGGAAGGGCGGAGAGUUCCUACCAUGGUCAGUGGCAAAACACUACCAUCCUUCCGAGCUUUUGAGACAGAUCCAGCUGCUGGUGGAUAUGUUUCAGGGCGGUUCUUGACAGGUAUUAAACCGCAAGAAUACUACUUCCAUGCCAUGUCUGGCAGAGAGGGCUUGAUCGAUACAGCUGUAAAAACAUCCAAAUCCGGCUACCUACAGCGCUGUAUCGUGAAGGGUCUCGAAGGACUUCGAACAGACUAUGACACGUCGGUACGAGAGAGUACAAACGGAAGUAUUAUUCAGUUCCUGUAUGGAGAAGACGGUCUUGAAGUCACCAAGCAGAAGCAUCUGAGGGAGUUUACCUUCCUUGCCGAAAACCAUCACUCUGUCGCAACACUUAUGAAUGCAGAAGAAGUGAUUCACAAGCUCCCACAAUCAGAACUGGGCGAAGAACAGAAGAUCAUUCUGAAAUCCCUGAAGAAAUCCAAGCCGAAAGAUCCGUUGACAGCUUCCUUCAGCCCCGCGAGCCAUUUAGGAAGCACUUCAGAGUCGUUUGCGACAGCGUUGAAUGAUUAUGUCAAGCUGGACCCGAACAGACUAAUUCGGGACAAGAAGACAAAUCCAAAUAGCACACUUGGCAAGAAGACCUUUCGGGCAGUCAUGGACUUGAAAUACAUGAAGUCCGUUGUCGAUGCUGGGGAGGCGGUCGGGGUCGUCGCCGCACAAUCGGUGGGAGAGCCUUCCACCCAGAUGACAUUGAAUACUUUUCACUUGGCUGGCCACUCCGCAAAGAACGUCACCCUCGGUAUCCCUCGACUACGGGAAAUCAUCAUGACUGCUAGUGCUAACAUCAUGACUCCGACGAUGACGCUCAAGCCCAUCGAAGAGUUGAACAAUUCUGAAGGAGAACGCUUUGCCAAGAGCAUCAGCCGCUUGCCGCUCUCUCAUGUCAUUAAUGACAUGUAUGUCAUCGAGAGAACUGGUGGCGGCGCAGGAUACGAGACCGAAAGAAUCUACGACAUUCGAAUUGACUUAUAUGACCCAGAGGAAUACGAAGAGGAGUAUGCCAUCAAAAGGAUAGACGUCCAGCGAUGCUUCGAAAGAAUGUUUCUUCCGCGAUUGGAUAAGAUGAUUAAAGUCGAGCUCAAAAAGAAGGCAAAAGAGGCCGACCGCUCGGAGGUUACGGCGGCCGUUCCAAAGGUUGGUGUGUCUAUUGGCGUUGACGAGGCAGCCAGGACAAGACGUCCAAGAGCUACUGAAAAUGAAGGUGGCGAAGACGACAUCGAUGAAGACGCAGACCCAGACGACGCCAAAGAUAUGGCGGCCAGGCGUAGAAGAGAGAACACCUUCGACGAGCCUGACGAGGAUGAAGAUGCCAUAGCCCAAGAAUCGGGCGAUGACCUGAUGAGUGAUGAUGAUGGCGACAUGGGCGAGGAAGAAAAGAAGUUGCGCACCAGUCAAAGGGUAAAGAAAUCUAGGAAUGCUCAAAAUCUCCGGGAACUGGAUCCAGAUGAUGAGGCAGAUGACGCUGAAGAUUCGGCAGAUGAGGCCCGAGUCAACCAGCUCAAAAGCGAACUGGAUCACCUCAAACGUUUCAUCUUCGCAAGAAACCAGGGCAAAUCCUGCCGCAUCGUCCUCAGCUACAGCUCCAGGACGCCCAAGCUGCUCCUCCUUCCUCUCCUCGAAAAAUGCGCGCACACGUCAGUCAUUCAGUCCAUUCCCGGUCUCGGAGUUUGCACGCAAUUUAUGGAAGAAGUGCACGGCCCUGACGGAAGACCAGUGAGACGCACUGAUCCGGAGACAAAUAAGGAGGAGAUAGUCAAACAGCCCAUGAUCACAACCGAAGGGGUCAAUUUACUCGCCAUGCGUGACUACCAGGACCAAAUCCACCCGCAUUCGAUAUACACCAACUCGGUCCACGAUAUGUUGAAAUACUACGGCGUCGAAGCAGCGCGGGCGACGAUCGUCAAGGAGAUUGACAAUGUCUUCAAAGGACACGGAAUCAGCGUUGAUGGGCGGCAUUUGAGUCUCAUUGCCGAUGCUAUGACACAUUCCGGCAGUUACCAACCUUUCAGCCGGCACGGUCUUGUUAAAGAAGGGGGAAGCCUGUUGGCAAAGAUGAGCUUCGAGACGGUCAUGGGAUUCCUCAAGGAUGCAGUGUUGUUCGGUGAACGGGAUCCAUUGCUGGGUCCCAGUGCGCGCAUUGUGGCAGGGAGGAGAGGAGAUAUCGGCACAGGGGCGUUUGAUGUAGUCAUGCCUGUACAUUGACGAGAAUUAUGGUUUGAAGCAGGAUCGGCUCUUAAUGAAAUCACUUGGACUGGACAGCAUUGCGACUACUUGAAGAACGGAACCGCGUCGAGAGAACCACUAUGCCUUUUCGAAUGACGCUACUUGUCUAGAUGACGCCUGAAACAGUCCAUCCGUGGGCGGACGGUGCACGGUUCCUUUCGACCGACUUGUUCGUGGAGAGCUGAAGCCUUCCUGUUGGCCAUGGGUAGCGUUCUGAGAGAGGGCGAGGUUGCAAUUCAUUCCUGCUACUUGACUGGACUAGGACUAUUCAACUACUCGACAAGCAGCAACUUCGGCUGACCACAGGACACCGCAGCAUACUCUGAGAAAAAUUUGCAAGUCAGGGAUGGCCCCAGACCCCAGAACAACCCCCUACCUACCUACUUGCGACUCAGCUGCUUUCCCCCGGAAUAGCCCACCGGGGCCAGGCUCUAACGUUGUGGGUUUGGGACAAACGGCAGCCGGGGACGCGAAACCUCUCCCACUUUUACUGGUAAAGGACGGGGAGAAGUCCCACCUUCACGGGGGCAGGAUUCGUCCCUCAGGGCCCAGCCCACCGAGGCUCGUUUUCCUGUCCACGCAGGCGGAGAAGGCUUCGGCCUGGUUCCGAGGAUAGCGCCCUUCACAUUCUCCAGACCACGCCCCGAACCAGGCAACGUCCCUGAGAAUCGAGUCGGUGUCAUGCUUCCGCCCGGCCUAGUGUGCCGCCUGGACCUGAGCCGCAGGCUGUGCUAACGAAGCUAGCACAACUAGAGGAUGAGUAGAUGGAGGGGAUGUCACUCCCCUUGCAUACACGAGAAGAUCGAAAUCCCAAAGAGGUUUCUUCUCCGACAGUGGGCACCGUUAUCCAAAGCCACCAGAGAAGCGGACUGAGCAAUUCGAGGUUGUCAUAUUUCCGUGGACAUACCUACUUGUAUACAAGUACGAGCCCGACUCGUAUAUCCUCUCUAGCACUGUCACACCACCAGCGACGCCAGGCUGACUUUCCGAGCAUGGUACCCCCGGCAGAGUGAGCAGGAUGAGUUGGCAAGGGGUUGUUUUCCCGGCAAAUUGUUUCCCUGGACGCUUCGCCCCAUUAUUACUGUUGGGGUGAGCAAAGUCAAAUGCAGAUUCCUCCCUUCCCGCAGCGACGAUCAUCCGGGCCACUGGGGUUUUAUUUGUGUUUGCUGAUGCAUGGCUCGCCUCGGUCUCGCGGCAGGAUCAAUAAGUUGACUCGAGCAGAAAUCCAUCGAGCAGGGAUGUGACCGAAGAUCUCGUCAUACCCUAUUUCGUCUCGACGGCAGUGGUGCGGCCCGUCUAUGCAAUUUUCGUUACAUGGACUGCUGCAAGGUUGUUGCAGCGACUACGAUUUCUCCUGUCUGUGGGAUAUCCCUAUCUCUGGGUACAUUCCAUUGGCUCGACCAUUCCCACAUCUAGGAGGACCAACAGAAGUAAUAUACUUUGGCCAGGCAUUUGUUCCAUGCGGAGUACUCGUAUGCCUGCCGUUGACCCGCCCACCGGUUUGUCUGACCAUCGAAAGCCCCUUGGAUCUGGUGAGCCUUGAAUUUUCUGGGCGCUCGUAUCCACGCACUGUUGACUACACCUGUUCGAACCUGCCAUGCAUUCUGUUCUGAGCGCCACCAAAUCGCCGUCAUGGUCCCUGACCAGUACGCUCAUGCUACCCUCUGACCCUCUGCAGCCACGUGGUGACUAUCUCCUCUUCAGGCAAUUCUCCCUUGCAAUAAAGGAGGGAGGCUGUCACGGGGAAGUUUGCUGGUGUGGGAUCCCGUUUGACUGAUGUCCCCCACAGACAAGCAUCCAGGUUCGCACCACCUCUUUGAUGCAACUCUUGCAUCCAGGCCGUCAUGGCCGUCUCAUAGUUCUUCGACUCUACUUAGAAACACUUUACCCCGGAUUCCCCCUUUUUCGCUUCCUAUUCCUGAACCAGCCGUUGCUCGUCAUGAGUCUAUGCUAAAUUAGCAGCCACUCAUCCAUUGUGCC